UAUAUUUUUUAAAAACCUAAUAACUUUCAUAAUUAUAAUAAUUUCACUUUUAUUUUAAAUAAAUUAUUAAAUUUAAUUUUAUUAUUUAUAUAUUUAACAUUUAUAAUCUAUUGUUUAAUAUUAAAUAUUAAUAUUUUUUUUUUAAUUUGUUGUAGAAAUCAUAAUGGCAACGACUACUAGCUCUACUCCUCAAAGCUCUACUCCUCAACGGACUUUCAAAACUGACCCAAAUUCACCUUUAUGGAAAUAUGUCAAAAUAAUAGACCAAGUAAAAGGUGGUGGAACAUUUUUAUGGAUAUGCAACUUCUGUAGUACGAAAAAAACUAGCUCCUACAGUCGUGUCAAAGCCCAUUUUUGUGCCAUUCCCCAACAAGGAAUCAAACCAUGUCUAGGAAAGAAUGGAAAUGGGAUGUCACCUCAAGAAAUAGCAGGAUAUAUUAGAGAGCAAGAGGAAGCAGAUGCAAGAGUUGGUCGUGCCUCAAACCAUCCUUUGUUGACAAGAAGAGGAAGUAAAUCAAAGAGGCCCCCUACUUCUCCAUCUUAUAGCGAUUUUCCUGAUAUCGUGGUAGAGAGCCACCCAUUCUUGGACCCAAUUAGUGAAGAACCUGUUAUUGUGAAGAGAAGCAAGGGACCAUUAGAGAGAGCAUUUAAGAAUGAUGCUAGAGAGAUUGUAGAUCAAUCCGUUGGAAGAUGUCUAUAUGCAAACGGUUUGUCAUUUAAUGUGGUACGAUCACCAUAUUGGCAGGAUAUGUUGAAAAAGGUAAAUGAGGCUCCACAAGGGUACAUAGGGCCAGGUUAUGAAAAGGUGCGUAGCACCUUACUAGCAAAGGAGGUAAAAAACAUAGACAAUGCAUUGGCUCCCAUUAGAAAUUCAUGGAAACAAACAGGGGUGUCCAUCAUUUCAGAUGGAUGGAAGGAUACCAAAAAUCGGCCAUUAAUUAAUGUAAUUGCAGUGUGCCCUAAAGGGGCAAUGUUUCUGAAAGCUGUGGAUUGUGAAGGACAGGUGAAGGAUGCACAAUUUAUUGCUAACAUCCUUAUACAAUGCAUUCAAGAUGUGGGAUCUCAAAAUGUUGUCCAAGUAAUAACGGAUAAUGCAAAGAAUUGUAGAGCUGCAGGUAUGUUGAUUGAGACACGGUUUGAACACAUAUUUUGGACACCUUGUGCUGUCCACUCUCUCAACCUCAUGCUACAAAAGAUAGGCAGGAAAAUAGAUUGGAUCAAACAAAUUUAUGUUGAGGCUGAAGAGAUCCAAAUGUUCAUCACAAACCAUAACAUGUCACAGGCCAUUUUCAGAUCAUUUUCACAGUUGGAGUUGCUAAAGGUUGCCGAGACCCGAUUUGCAUCCAACACAAUCGUCUUGAGGCGACUUGUGAAGGUGCGACAGCCACUUGCUAGCAUGGUAAUUAGUCAAAGUUGGUCCCUAUGGAGGCAAUCCAAUACUGAAAGGGCAGCAAAUGUAAAGCGCAUGAUCCUAGAUGACACUUGGUGGGAUCGAGUGGAAUAUCUUUUGAGUUUCACUGAGCCCAUCAUGAGUAUGAUCCGUUAUACUGACAUGGAUCACCCAUGUUUGGGAGAGGUAUAUGAUGGCAUUGACUCGAUGAUUGAGAAAAUGAAAGCCAUCAUCAAUGCAAAAGAGCAAGAUCCCGAAGAAACUUUCUUCAAAGAGGUUCAAUCAAUUUGUGUUGAGCGGUGGAACAAAAUGACCACCCCACUACAUCUUCUUGCAUUUGCAUUGACUCCCAAAUUUUAUAGUGAUGAAAUGCUUGCUAAGCCAUCAAGGGUACCACCAUAUAGAGAUUCAGAAGUCAGUGAAGGGUGUAGGACAGCACUUACUAAACUCUUCCCAGAUUCUGAAAUGGAGGAUUUAAUGACAAGUGAGUUUGCUGAUUUUGUAGCCUCCAAUGGUCAAAGUGUUUCCGCUCUCUGUGACAAGUAUAAAAAGGAUUCUCAUGCUUGGUGGUACCUCAAUGGCCAUACAUCACCAAACCUUCAAACUCUUGCAAUCAAAGUUUUAUCGCAAGUUGCUAGUUCCUCUUCAUCUGAGCGAAAUUGGAGCACAUACUCCUUUAUCCACUCAGUGAAACGCAACCGACUGGCAGCAAGUAAGGCAGAAGAGCUCGUUUAUGUGCAUUCAAACUUGCGCCUUCUUACUCAUAAACAAAAUGAGUAUAAGGAUGGGAGCACAAAGUUUUGGGAUGUAGAUCCAGAGCGAACUGAUUUGGAUUUUUCAGCUGCCACACAAUCUUUACUUUCUGGGGAGUCUGAUAGCCAAUGUGCUGCUAGUGCAAGUGGCAGUGAGGCUGCAUGUGGUUCCAGUACUCUACCUACAUCAUCUAAUGUCAAUGAUGAUGUUGAUCUUGAUCUUCCUAGUGACCCAUAUGAUGCUAUUGCUGAUUAUUAGUUGUGUCAUUUUAUUGUUGAACGGUUGAGCCAGUGAACAAUGAAUUCGAUAUCUAUCAUAACAUUCAAAGUUUGUAAUUUUGUUAUAGACUUAUAGUUAUAUCAAUAUGAAUCAUAUAUGAUAGUUCCAAGUUUUGUUUAGCAUAUGGAUGAUAUGUGGGAUUCUAAAUUUAAUUUUUGUUUCUACUUAUUAGAGUGUAUAUAUGUAUAUAUUUAUGAUUUUUACAUUUUUUUGUACGGACGUACCCAUACGUACCCAGGCCCCCCCUAAAAAAAAUGCCGUACCAGCGUACCGUACCCACGUACCCGUACCCGUA